GGCCGGACGCCUAUCAAUGGCACUGUUUAUAUUUUUAAUUUGUGCUUUUACUGUAAUUGUGAAUGCAAAUUGGCAAACCGAUUAUGGGCCUUUCAAGAACGUCCUGUAUUCCAAGUGGAUUACAUGUGACCACAGCAAGAAGCUUGACCAAGAUGUCAGUGAAACAGAGCUAUACUUCUAUGAUUUCCAAAACGACUACAACGUAAGCUACAAAAUUAAUAAUGCUGUUGAUGCAAUUACCAGAUUUUACAACUUGGACGUAACCAGACAAAUAAAGUUCUUCGUGCCGGGCUAUAAGUCGCACAUCAGUCGAAAUGCACCUGAACUUAUUCGACAGUCUUUCAAACAAAUUCCCAAUAUCUACCUUAUCAUAGUUGACCAUUCCAUAUACACAUCUUCUAGAGAUGGCAAUCGGAAGAGCUAUGAACGGUCCGUUUUCUAUUCUUAUUACAUAGCAAAAGCAAUAGCUAAAGUACUCGCUGACUUCAGAAAAAAUGGAUUCCCAUCCCAAAAUAUCCAUUGCAUCGGCCACAGCCUGGGUAGUCAAAUUCUGGGAUAUGCCGGUUUUAUUUACUUCGAUUUGACGGCAGAGAAAGUGUGGAGAAUCACUGGUAUCGACCCAGCUGGCCCUUGCUUCUCGAAUAGCUUGAUAGAAGAGCAACUACGAUCAGGGGCUGCAGAUUACGUGGAAGUUUUCCACUGUAAUGCUGGUGGUUUAGGCACUACGAGUGUUCUAGCUGAUGUUGAUUUCUUCCUCAACGAUGGGAAGGUGCAACCGCAUUGUCAUGUUGGCAUUCUUCCGGGUUAUGGUGAGUCGGACGCAGCGAGAUGCAGCCAUAAAGCUUGCGUUCGAUACUGGACUUAUAGCGUUAACAACCCAGGGUCGUUUUUGGCGUGGGCCUGCGAUUCCUACAGAGAGUUUUCUAGUGGCAAAUGUGCUGGGAAUGAAGUGGCGAUAGCUGGGUAUUCGAAUCCCGGUAACACGUCUGGAGUUUUUUACGCGUCCACUGAGAGUUACGGUGUAUUAUAAUUCAAUUAUAGUUUUAGGUGUUAUAUUUUAGUGAAUUGUAAUACUAAGUGAGGAUAUGUUUAAAUAUUUUUAAUGGGUAUAAGUGAAAUAAUUUGAGAGUUUGUUUGAAAUGUUGCAAUAUGUGUUAAAUACCUAAUUAUUAAAUGGAUCUGCUUGUAUCAAAUAUAAAUUUCUCAGACACGAAACAAAAAGCAAAGUUGUAGAAAUGAUUCAAAUAUUAUGUAUAUGUUAUAUAUAAUAUGUAAAUACACCUUAAAGUUUAGAUACUUCUUUCUAAGUAAACAUUCUGCUCGCCAUAUCUAAAUGCUAACAGAAUGUGUUAUUCAAUGGGCCACUUUAAAGUUUCGCAAUCAGACAAUUUUGGUUCCGAUACUAGUUAGGAGGGAUCAUUGAAAUAUUUGUACCUCCAAAAUGGCAUUUAUUCAUUCAAUUUGAGUUCGGGACGUACACUAAUGAUGUUGAUCCUUGCUCUAGGAAUGUGAUAUUAAGAUGCCCCUACUAAACUAAUACUUUUAGAAUACAAUAAGAAAUUCCUUUAUUAUAAUAUAUAAAUUCCUUUAAUAUUUAAAUUCCUUUCAUUCAGGAGCUACAUGCUUACAU